ACACAUGAACGUGACGAUCUCCAACUACACGCUCCGCUAUUGGUCCGUUAAAAUAAACAUGGCGGUCGAAAAGCGAUGCUCGAUGACAUCCGGUGACUCUAGCCAUUCCUGGCGCUGUCGCGCCGAAUCAACAUGGCGACAGUCCUUGUCGUCUGCUCUAUUUGACAUUUGUGCGCUAUCGCAGAUGUUUUUCUCGCGCGUUUUCUCGUUCUCUCGAUUUCUCGCAGGCGCGCGCUUUUCCGCGUCGCGACGUUUUAUCGCGAGAUAACAAUAAUUUCCGGUCAUCUUCAUCCCUCUCGCGCAGAGAGACGAACGGCGGAUUCGUCGAUCGUUAAAUUCGGCCGGUCCACACCUGACGUCGUCUGCUGCGGCAGACGCAACGGCUGCGCGAAUCGUGUCGGCGCGGCGCCAGAAGAGUAUGCGGGUCGUAAUCGCGGUGUUGUUAACGAUUUGCGGUGAGAGAUAAAUGAAAGGGGAAAAUGUAUGCCUGUGGCUCGUGAAAACGCGCGAUGGGCUCGACGUGUUAUUCUUGCGGGAAUGGAGGCUGAAGUCAAAGUGGAUCGUACACGCGCUCGAAUCACGGCGGUUUUGUUAUGGAUUUUCGGGCGUGAAUGACGUGUCGACGCCGAUUGUCAAUGCGAGCGGAAUCUCGUAUGUACGUAUCUACAUGCACGCAUUAUGUAGUACGAGUACCGUGAAAUAAACACGCGCGAAUCGAGCAGCGUCGUUCGACCUUAUGACAAUCAGACUCUGAAAUGUGUAUGCAAAAAUAUAUUAAAUGCCACAGGAUUGUGCGAAUCGAUCGAAAUGUUGAAUGAGAAGCGACGUGAUUACCCGACGUAACUCGUCUAAUGGAUUCGUCCUGUGCCUCCUAUAUAAAAGCAACUGCGGGAGGAUUUGCGGAUUCAAUAGAUUAAAUUUUGCAGUUGCACACUGUUUUUUCGACUCUAGUCCAAGGUUCAAAAGUAUUAUUUCUCUUAAGUAUUAAUCUUAUAUGUUAACAAUGUACUUAAUAUCAUCAGUACAUUAUCGAGUGAAACGGAUACCGAGUAUCUGCUCGCAUUAAAUAUUUGGAUUGAUAUGUAGUCCCAUAACAAGAUACUUGACUGAGAAUGGAACUGAUACCAAAACAUUAUGUGAUGAUAAGUACUUAUAAAAUAUGUCAUUAUGCAUUACAUUGCAAUUGAUUCUACAGAGGAAUUUAGAUACAAGCUUUGAUAUUUAUUGAAGCACAAAUAAUUGACAUAAACGACGUCUUUAACAACAGUGACAAUCUGCGAGUAUUAUGGAGCAGAGCGAUGGAAAUGACAUCUCUAGUGUUUCAAAUAUCGCCAAAGUAGAUGUAUCUCCAAAAUCAAAACAGAAGAAAAAGUCUCUUUGUCGCAUACUUAUGAACAAGAAGACCAAGGUCGGCUGCUUGGAACCAUCGUACAAAGACGGGGAUUCGAAUAAAAAUUCUAAGAUAGAAAACUCACAACAUGGAUCUCAAACUAGCACUAAACUGUCCCUGUGUUGCGCCAUGACUGAACGCAGCAGAACACCACCCCAGAGCUUAACUGUCAGUAGACUUUCCCCUACGACGUUAAGUCGUACUUCGGUCAAAUCCGAGGUAGCUUCCAUCAACGGGAAUCGUCAAACGGAUGUACUAGUCGAGAAGGAAGACAUGCAUGUUCCAAAUGAUCAAGGCCAGAUGGCUCAAGAAACUGUAGUCAAAAGAAAUAAUGUAACAAUGAGGAAGGAGCAGCGUUAUAGUACUUAUAUAGAAGACUCAACGGAAGACUCAUUCGAAGAAUCUUCAGAAGAUGAAAAUGAACAUCUGGUUGAGUCUGAAAAAAUUCAGAAAUACUUUAAGGAUGAUUACUUUACAAAGGGAAAGUAUAUUACUUAUUUCUUCCUGCAAAUGGAACGGCAGUUCUACAAUCCUAUGGAAGUUUACAGUAUGAUUCAAUAUCAUGAAACUGCUUGCGAAAAGCUGAGGAAAGAAGGUGAAAACUCUUCUUCCGGAUCAUUAUCGCCGAGUAUAUCGGGACAAUUGCGUCGUAAAUUGCUUCACAGAAGAUCCGCGGAUAAUUUGAUUGUAAACUCACCGACAAACUCUAUGAGACAUUCUAGUCCAGAAUCUAUUAAAAGUGCACCGAUCCAACAUAAGCCGCGUUCAACGUCGCACGAUGCUCUAUCCAAAAAGAAAGAUCGUUACUUUUGCCAAAUGGGAGCGUCUAUGGAUAGUUUAGCGAAGCAAUCGUUACUCGCCGCACAAGUACUUAAUUUGAUUCCUACUCAGAAAGCACGAGAAAGAAAUUUUCUUCACGGAAGGAUCGCCGCCAAUUCUUUACUCGGAUCGGUUGAACUCGAGAAAGUAUUGCCGAAUCGGGAAUUGAAAAUUUUUAUCGGCACAUGGAACAUGAACGGUCAGACUCCACCAAAGGAGUUGAAUGAUUUUAUGUUGCCAUCCGACAUAGAGACUGUUCCCGACUUGCUAGCUAUAGGAACGCAAGAAUCGUGCUCCGAACGAAACGAAUGGGAAGCAGCUUUGCAGGAAACACUCGGGCCAUCGCACGUGUUGCUCACUAGCAGUUAUCUCGGUACACUUCACCUUGCAUUAUUUCUGAGACGAGAUCUGAUCUGGUUCUGCUCUAUCCCGGAAGAAGAUAGUUUCUCGACAAGAACCGGAACGGCAUUUAGAACAAAGGGCGCGGUAGCGAUAGCUCUCAUGAUAUUCGGCACCAGCUUUCUUUUCGUCACCGCUCACUUGACCGCACAUCAAGAUAAAGUGAAAGAACGGGUCAAUGAUAUAAAAAGAAUAGUUAGAAAUCUUGACCUUCCCAAAGAACUACCUACCAGGCAUAAAAGUAAAGAUGUAACGCAAAAUUUUGAUUGCGUAUUUUGGUGUGGUGACUUAAACUUCCGUCUAGCUCAGCCGAGAGAAGAAGUGAUCCAGUGGAUCACGAAUACAUGCUUUCCGCAAGAAUCGCCGAUAAACUUGCGCAAGGAUCAAUUGAGAACUAUUCUAAACGAAGGAGCUGUAUUGCGCGGUUUCGAGGAAGCCUCAAUCACCUUUCCUCCUACUUAUAAAUACGAUCCAGGAACGCAAAAUUUUGAUUCCAGCAGCAAGCAACGCACUCCCGCGUACACUGAUAGAAUCCUUUUCAAAGGGAAGGGUCAUACCAGAGGAUACAUCAGACGUGUUAGUCAUGAGAGCGCCAGUUCACAUAAAGACGGGGCUAUAGAAUGCUUAGUGUACGAUUCCGUUCCCAGUAUUUGCACUUCGGAUCACAAACCAGUCUGGGGAGUUUUUAAAACUACGUUGAGACCAGGCAUUGAUACAAUUCCGCUUGGCGCUGGUCUUUUCAAUCGCGAGAUAUAUCUGGAAGGCAUUAGGAGGCGCGCGGCGGCAAUGGAUGAUUCUCUCGGAACUUCAAAGGUUUGUUCGAUCCAAUAAAGCAAUUGGAUAUUAUUGUGAGCGUGUAAAUAUGCUCUUGAUUAUACAUAUAUAGGAAUAAAGACAUUUGCCGGAUUUUUAAUAUCUCAGGCGAUACGAGAAAAUGAUCGCUUAAAUGAUCGUUUUCAUAAUAGAUGCCACGUUUCUUUUGUUCGAUUUAUAUAUUUACUAAGUCUGUCCAUUUUUUUAUAGCAGUGGUAAGAAACAUUUUUCUAGUAAGAGAGAAGAGGGAUUUGUAUAGUAGAUUAUCAGUGAACACUGUAAAAAUCUAGUCAAGGAGUGAAAUAAAUUGUUCGUUUAGUGAUUUAUAUGAUGAUAUGACAAUUUUGUAAAUGUACCGUCGGUAUAUUUCCGAUACUUGUAUUGUGCCACAUGUAUAUUAGAGAACUUAUAUGAGAAUUUAUAUGAAGUAAAAUAUUAUUGGGCUAUCUGUGUGUGGCACACUCUUCAAUUUUGCCAAGAAAUUACAAAAUAAGAUGUUUAUAAAUUUUGUUUAAUGUCAAAUUUUUACAGUAUAUAUUGAUACAUAUGUGUGCAGUUAUUAUCAAAAUGCAAUUCGAUUAAUAUUUAAAAAAUUUCAAGAAACUUGUAAGAAUUUGUGUAAAAUAUUUUAAAAUAUUGAUUUUAUGAAUAUCAAAAGAAUAAUAUUUAUAAAUAGAUUAUGGAAAUUGCUUAUGGAAAUUAAUCAUCGUUACAAAUCAAGUUGUUCUUUUAUUGAAUUUACUGUCUUUUAAUUUGAAACAAAUGUUUUUAUGUUCAAUUUAGAUGUAAUACAAAUUAUAGACUAUAAAUUACUGGGCCAAUACAUUACAAUAGAAUUAUAUUAGUCGCUAACAUUUAGAGAUAAUAUCUCCAUUUAUUAAGUUUAUAUUCUUAUUUAUUGGGACCACAUCCACACAUUGCAUUAUCUCAAAGAAGAAUUCACAAAAAAAAUAUUUUUUUUUAAGCAUGUAGGAUAAUUGCAUUAGUAAUUAUAUACAUAGUUACUAAAAAUUAAAGAGAAAUAGAAAUUAGUUGACUAGUGUUGUCAUUUUGAAUUAUAUUAUAGUUUCGAAUAGUGUACAACAUUAAUCUUGAGAAGUGACAAAAUGAUUUCUAGAUAAUGAGAGAGAUGUUCUACUUGAACUACUUCUACCAACACUUUACUGCAAAUAUUGAUAAUAAUAACAAAAUACGGCUAAUUAUAAAACCCCAAACUUCUAUACAAUAUUGUUACACAAUAACAAGUAUGCACGCACAAAUAAGUAAACAAUGUCUAUGUAUCAGUAUUAGAUCUAACAUUUUUGCUAUAGCAAAAAUGUGAUAAAAUAAUUGAAGGAUAGAUGUGUACAUGUGCUGCAACAUGUAAUGCAAUAUAUUAUAGUCAUAUUAUAUAAUUUUUUAAUACUUAACAUGGCAUUUUUUAAGAUUUAUAUUUUAUUUUUUAAGAUUUAUAUUUUAUUCAUAGUUAUCUUUUAUAUUUUUAUUAUUAGUUAUGACUAUUAAAUUAUUAAACAAAUUCGUAAAUACAAAUGUAUAUUUUUCAAUUUGAUUAUAAUUUAUUAUAAUCAUAUUGUCUUUGAUUAUUUGAUUAUGUUAUUCAUGUUAUUAAUUUAUUUUAUUGUUAUUUUCGAUUACUUUAUAUUGCACACAAUAUUUUCAAGAGUUUUUCUUAUAUAGAUUUUAUCUUAUAUAUAAAAAAUAGGCACAAUAUUAUCUAUUUAGGGAAUAUUACAUAUUUAGUAAAUUGAAGAAAAGAUAAUAUACAUAUAUAUAAUAGAGAUUAUUGCUUGACAAAAAGCAAUAUACAAACUAUUAACAAAAAUAUAAUGUAAUUAUAUACAUGUUGAACAGUAUAAAAAAUAUACAAUAUAUAUAAAAAUUAAACUUCACAACAAUACAUAUGUACUUGGGGAGAGUGGAGUUUAAUUUGCUUAAAAAGUUCCAAGAAUAUUGCAGAACGUUUAAUAGAGAAGAAAAAGAAAGUGCUUAUACUUAUUAUAGCAUAAUGUAUUGAAAAAGAAAAGACAAAUAUAUAAUGUACAUGUUAGAUAAUAAGUGAAUUGCAAGUAUUUUAAGAAAGAUGUGAUUCAAUAUUUAUUGCUUAAAUUAUUAUAUGCAUAUGUAUUCUAUUGUUUUAUUGCGAGUAAAGUAUCAAAAGAUGAAAAAUGAUGAGGUGCUCGUGCGUGCUCUAAACAAAAAAUUAAUGUAGAAAAAUUAAAAUAGAAAAAUGUUUCCAUAUGUCCUGAUACAUUUCGUGUCGGGUUACAUAUUUUAAUGAACUUGUGAUAACUUCUUCUUUGUAACUAUGUAGACAGGUUUUCAAUCUAGGUGCCUAAAAAACAUCUUUUAUGUACUAAUUCUGAAGCUUCAAUAAUGAAGCAAGAAAAAAAUUGUUGAGGUCAAGAUCCUUAAGUCUACUGAGCAGGUUGCCUUAACCAUGCCUUAUCUAAAUCGUUACAUACAUAGUUAUGUACUCAAUAUGUAUGCUUGCAAUUCUAUUGAGAUUAUAUUCAAUUCAGAUCUCUGGUCUAAUUAGAAAUAAAAUAAAAAAAUAAGGUAAAAUAAAUAAUCUAUGUUGUAGUUAUAUUUGAUUAUCUAAUUAUCAAUAUGUAUGAAUUGAUAUGCAAUGAGAUACAUAAACAUAAUUUUAUAUUAUAAUUAUAUAACAUCACACAUAUACACACUUGUUGAUGGGUACACACUGGUUUAUUUAUAUUAAUUAUAUAUUUAAAAAAAAUAGAAAAAUAAAACAAUAUUGUAAAACAUAAACUGUAAGUGCCCAGUCAUGCCCAGCAUAGAUUAUUUAUUGCCUAUAUAUAAAUUAUUUUCAAAAUAUAUAAUUUUAACUUAAUAAAGUUUUUGUUCAUGAGGAUAUUCUAUUAUGCAUAUGCGUUAUAAAUUAUAUAUUUAUUAUCAAUGAGUGCUUUAUAGCAUGGUUUAAUAUAUGCAAUAAGAGAUUAUUUGAGACAUUUAGGUAAUUAGUAAUGUGUGAUGCCUGCCCUUUUUAUAAAUGUCUUGAAACUCUUACUGUACUGUGAUACCUUUUCAAACGUACAUGCAAACCUGUCAAUGUGGAAUAAAGUAUAUAUCUAAUUAUCUCCAUCAUAAAUCAGAAACGCACAGGAUUCGAUCGCAAAUCCUAAAAAAUGGACAGCAUAAAGCACAUCGUUUUAUUUUGUUUACACACAAUACGCGUGUAUAUUGAUUUGACAAGUAGAAUUUUCUCAUAACAAAAACAUUCUCAUAAUGUUUUCGUUGUGAGAACGAAACGAAUUCUAUUUAAAUGUAUUCGACUAUAUGUUUAAAUAAAAACACUUAAACGUGUCA